AUGUAUUGUAACCAACUAUGUAAAGGCGUCAUGGGCGUGUCGUCCAUGCUCACGCUUGCUCUGCGCCGCACGCCGGCGAUCGCACCGGCAUUGGUGGCGUUCACGACGCAGGCCGCGGGCGCCGCCAUAGCCGACGUGGUGGUGGACGCCAUGGUCGCGCAGAACAGCAUAAGCCACCCUCCGCUCGCCGCCGACAUGCAGAGCAUGUGCGGGUAUUGCUCCUCCGCCGGCGCAUUGGUGGGGUACUCCAUCAGCGGCCUCGUCGUUCACGCAAUAGGUUCCCAGGGGGCUCUUGGCUUGCUGAGCAUCCCCUCCGUGCUCGUAUUUUCGGCCGGGAUUCUUGUCAAGGAGGAGCGGGCCAAGGAUUUCGAGUACAACCAGGUUCACAAGAAGUUCUACGAAGCAGUUGAAUCAAUGUGGUCAACAUUGAAGUGCCCGCAAGUCUGGAGGCCGUGCGUUUACAUGUUCUUAAUGUUCGUGCUAAGCCCGGACAUCCAAGGAGGGCUGUUCUACUGGUACACAGAUUCGAGCACCGGACUCGCAUUUUCCGAGGGAUUCAUUGGUCUCAUCUACUCGAUAGGCUCAGUGGGCUCGCUGCUCGGCGUCCUGCUCUACCAGAACAUGCUCAAGGACUACCCGUUCCGCGGCCUGCUCCUAUGGGGCCAGCUGCUGGCCUGCCUGUCCGGGAUGAUCGACCUGGUGCUGGUCACCAGGCUGAACCUGAGGAUCGGCAUGGCGGACUACCUCUUCGCUGUGAUGGACAACAGCGUCUCCCAGCUGAUCGGCCAGCUGAAAUGGCUGCCGCUCCUCGUGCUCUGCUCCAAGCUCUGCCCCGUGGGCAUCGAGGGCACCUUCUUCGCGCUGCUCAUGUCCAUCCAGAACCUCGGCCUGCUCAUGUCCGCCUGGUGGGGCGGCCUCCUGCUGCACGCGCUGGGCGUGUCUCGGACCGAGUUCGGGAACCUCUGGGUGGCCGUGCUGGCGAGGAACGCCAUGCGGCUGCUCCCGCUGGCGUUCCUGUUCCUGGUGCCUCGGAGCGACCAGAGCUCGACCAUCCUUCCCGCGGAGAUGCUGCUUGCGGAUGGAGGUUCCGCGGGACAUGUGGAACCAGGGUCGUCAGGUGUCAUCGAGUUUUCUGUCCUCCAUGGAAAUGAAAAUGGUGAAGUUGUUGAGACUGAGGAAGAGGAACUAGAGCUGACCCCACUCAUGGAGAAGAUUUGACGACUGGAGAAGAUGAAAGAGGUAAUAGCACUGCAGGUCCCUGAACUUGUUAUGGAGGUGAUGAUUUGGUCCUCAAAUUUGAAAAAGCGGAUUAUUUAGUCCUUGAACUUGUCAUGAAGGUGCAAGUUUGGUCCUGUGCGAAUCACAGCUCGCCAAGUGGAGCCAGCUGGGCUGGGCUGGUCAGUGCCGCACAUUUUUGCAAUCCCCCUGCCUUAAAGCCCUAAUCAACCCGCACUACACCUCGUUUGCGUCAGUGACCUGCAGUGCUAACUCCCGUUGAAACCAGCGACGAGGACACGGACUGGGAGGCUGCGCGGGAUCUGCUUCAGGACGCCGUCCCGCCAAACUUUCCUCGUUAAUUAUGGGUCCGAUGGUGCGACUUUCUCCUUUUUCUACCAUGCAUGGGAGUUAAUUCCUUCAAGUAUUCUUUAGAGAUCCAUUCUAAUCUCUGUUCGUUGACUCCUGAGUCUCCUAGUUGAUAUUCAAGCAACUUUUGAACGUAUAUAAAUUGUUUAGAUUCGAUAUGAGAACUCGAGGUGGGACUAUUUAGUCAUGGGACUACAAUGUUUUUUUUAUCUGAGGCCAAUAAUAUGAAUGUAAUCCAAUAACAGCACGGCGGUCAGGAGCCCAAUAACAAAAAACAUAGUCAUUAUUAUUC